ACACCUUUGCACACUGUUUGCCAAGCGCCAUUUAAUCUGAGAAGAAGAAGAAAAAGAAAAGGAGAAAAAAAACAACACAGACAUGUAGUCGCACAACAGAUGGUUGUCCCGGUCACAGCGAACAGCUAUGGGUGGGUCCAGAGUUUGUUUGAAGAUGGUGGUCUGUCUUCAUUAGCGGCUCCGUAUGGCGUGGCCGGUCCAGUUUCUCUUCCGGGGCCUUCGCACUGUCGGAUUGGUUCUCCUCUACUAUGUCUUCUCCAUAGGCAUCACCUUCUAUAACAAAUGGCUUAUGAAAGGCUUCCACUAUCCCUUGUUCAUGACGCUGGUUCAUCUUGGCGUCAAUUUCUGUCUGUCAGCUCUGACGCGGCGGGCUAUGCAGUGCUGGACAGGGAAACCCCGCAUCGUUCUGACCUGGGAAGACUACAUCCGUAAAGUGGCUCCAACAGCCUUGGCAACAGCACUGGACAUAGGGCUUUCCAACUGGAGCUUCCUCUUCAUCACCAUUAGUUUGUACACCAUGACCAAGUCCUCAGCAGUGCUGUUCAUUCUCUUUUUCUCUCUCGUGUUCAAACUAGAGGAGCCGAACCCCUUCCUGAUCCUCGUGGUCCUGCUGAUCUCCAGCGGUCUCUUUAUGUUUACAUUUGAAUCGACUCAGUUCAACAUGGAGGGCUUCAUCAUGGUGCUGUUGGCCUCCUUCAUUGGGGGAAUCCGCUGGACCCUCACUCAGGUCCUCAUGCAGAAAGCAGAGCUGGGUCUUCAGAAUCCCAUCGAUACCAUGUACCACCUCCAGCCUCUCAUGUUUCUUGGACUUUUUCCCCUUUUUCUCUACAAUGAAGCGCUGAGCCUGAGUGCUUCGGAGAAGUUAUUCCGGGUGACGGAGCUCUCUCCACUCCUCUAUUCCCUCAUGACGCUGAGCGUAGGCGGCACGCUAGCCUUCGGGUUGGGCUUUUCUGAGUUUCUCCUCGUCUCCAAAACCUCCAGCCUCACAUUGUCGAUAUCAGGAAUCUUUAAGGAGGUUUGUACGCUGCUUUUGGCAGCAUCUCUGAUGGGAGACAGAAUGAGCAAACUGAACUGGCUGGGGUUCGCAGUAUGUCUCUGUGGGAUUUCUUUACACGUGGGACUCAAAACAUACUAUUCCAAAAAUAAGGUUCCUUCUAUUCGGCAGCUCAGCAGUAAAAGUUCAGAGCUGCAGUUGCCAUUACUUCGGCAGAACGGAGAUAAAUGUGAGGAUUCGGCUGCUGAUGAGUAUAACGAUGAAGAGGAGGAGCAAGAAAUCUCACUGCAUUGACAAAACCCCACUUGGACCCAGCUCAUUCCUUAACUUUUACAGAAGCUCUUCCAGCUUCUUCGUUUCCGUUUUCUUCUAUCUGAAGGGCUUCAGUGUGACACAAACCUUAGUUUUUUUUCUUUUAGUUUUUUUGUUGUUGUUGUUGCUUCCUUAGCUAUACAUUUCUCUAUGGACUUAAAACGCAACAAAAAUAAGAUAUUUUGAUGUUAAAUUGUAGCAAAUACAGUCAAAUAUGAAUUUAUAAUGUCUGACAGGUGAAGAAAGUGUUAUAUCUUUACAGCAACGUUCUGACACAUCAAAUGGAGUUUUUUCCCCCUUAUCUGUCAGCCACAUUGGAGAUAUCUUCGAUGUUAAUCUGAUAGUGGAGAAUAAGUUUGGACAAAAAAAAAAAAAACAUUUUUCCCUAAAGUUAAUGUGUAACAUAAAUCUACCAAUUCUGAAAAAUAUUCCUAUUAAUUCUGGCCAAUACCAGUUUCUGGUUCCAAUUUUCACAUAUUCAGUGUUUCUUUUUUUGGUUGUUUUUUUUUUAAGGGCUAUAAUGAAUAAGAUAAAAAAAUAAUUACAGGUUCGUUGAUUGAGGUGAAAUUUUUGAAUCCAACAAAAAAUUACAUUAUCUCUAUUUUAUGUGUUGUAUCAUAAAGUUGUCAACCUUUUUCAGAUUAAUAGGAUUAAGAGGAUCCUGUGUGUGUGUGUGUGUGCGUGCGUGCAUGCGUGCGUGCGCGUGUGUGUUUAAAAGAAGAGUGCUCACAGUUCUGAGUUUUAUGGAUGAGGAGAAAAAUUAUUUUUCAUUAUUCCACUUGAUAAUUAAGAGAAAGUUAGCCAUUUCCUAUCUCUGACCAUUGAUUGUUGCAUCAAUAUUAAUACUUUCCAUACAGCUUGACAUUAAGCAGCUAUCAGAUGUCAUAGACCUAAAUAUAAUUUCAUAGUGUUUAUCAGAAUACUGAAUACAUGUUAAAUGAUCAUACUUUGACCAAUAUUUAAAACGCUCUGCCUGUAAAUUUAAAGCUUGGUUCAGUGUUGGUUAGGUUACUAACAUUUUCCAGGCCUUUUCUUAUAUUUCAAAGCUGUGCCUUAUGAGCUAUUUUUGCUAAAGAAUAUGUCUGAUUUGCAUAGCUAUUUAUGAAAAGAUUUUGAUGUGUAAAAUUUUCAGUAAAAGGAGACUAAUGAAAAGGGUGUAAAAUUAAAAUUUUAUUUUAAUUUUUAAUAAAUUUGUUUCAGUCA